AUGGCAACUGGAGCUAUGCUAUCAUCGCCUGGAGCGGCUCUUAAUGCACUUCUAUGCCUUACGCCCCUUAAUCUGUAUCUAGACAAGGAGACGAGGGCUAGUUUGUAUAGAAUUAACGCCCAGGGCGGUCUGAGCUUGCUCUCCUACAGAUUGAGAUCCAUGCUCGACUCAAUUAAGGAAUCACCGGUCUUAUGCAUGAUCUCAGAUAUCAUGAGUCCACUAUACACUUUUGAUAAAAAGUAUAUAGUGGAAUUACCCUCCAGAGAAGACUGGCUGAAUGGCCAGGUUAUCUGUGAGGUCGGUAGCCUCAUAUGGUAUACCGAUGGGUCUAAAAUGGGCCUCGACGUAGGCUUUGGAAUUUACAGGGAACGCCCCAAAUUCAAACUUAUUAUGAAUUUGGGUAGAUACACCUCUAUCUUCCAGUCUGUAGAAAUCAAUCUGCAAAAACACUACGUCAACCAUAAAAUUUACAUAAACUCUGAUAGUCAAGCAGCACUGCUAGCGCUGAGAUCAAACUUAGUGAACUCAAAGCUAAUUGGAGACUGCGUGAACCGUUUAAACGCCCUGGGUUGUAACAACAGGGUCGUUUUAAGAUGGGUUCCGGGUCACGAGGGUAUUGUAGGCAACGAAAUUGCCGACAAACUUGCACGGGAGUGCUCAAAGUGCACACAAUUUGGACACGAGCCAUUUUGUGGAAUCUCAAGAAGCCUAGCCCGAUUGACCCUUGAAACUCUUUAUCACAAUAAAUCACUUAAGAUCUGA